CUGUGGAUACCCUCUGGAUCUACCUUGACCUUGUUGCAAGACAAGUGGACUUGCCAUCUAUCUUGACUUCUCUCUCCUUAAAUCAUGGCAUCCAUUAUGAAUGGGUCCAGAGAGAGAUGGAGAAAUUCCUUUUAUCCAGUAGCCAUUGGGGUGACAGUUGGAGCAGUGCUGCAUACCCCUCUUUGUCCCAUGGAGACAGUGGAGAACUCCAUCAAAACCCAGCCCUAUCUUUGUUUGGCCUCCAGUUCAAGCAAAGUUCUUUUCAUGGUCAAGAACAGAUUUCAGAGACUUUGAGGAAGAUGGAUACUGACUAUAAUAAAGGUGACUCCUUCUCACAGUUUCGUUUUGCAGAGGAAAAAGAAUGGGAUACUGAAGUUUCAUCUCCUAAACAAAUCUCAGCCCUGUUUGUGGACUGUGAGUCGCUGGUCCAAGCCCUUCAAGAACUGCCUCUGUCACUCCGGCUGAAUGUGGCUGCUGAGUUAGUCCAGACUACAGCUCCUCUAGAGCUUCCCCAGCUGAAACCAAAGAAAAUGGAAGAUGGCAAGGGGCUGGGUAUGCAGAUGAGAUGGCCCUUGGGGCCAGGCUCUGAUGUGAUCUCUGAUGCUGCCAGCCAUCCAGUGCUCCCGGGUAAAGAUGGGCCUAGGCCAGGCUCUUCAGAAGCUUUUCAGAAAAUCACUCCACCACUGCAGCAAACUGUCGACCACCUAGAUGAAGAAUUUGAUCUGCUGCUAAAUUUAGAUGCUCCAGUAAAAGAGGAAGAUAACACUCUAACAGCUCAGACAUAUCAAGGUCCCAAAACCAAAAAAGAUGGGAAGAUGGUCCAAGAGGAAAAUGUUCCUGAAAAACUCUCUGUGACUGAAGAAAAGAGUUUGGAAUCUGAGCAACCACCAUGUACAUCCAAAAAUGUUACUGAGGAAGAGCUUGAAGAUUGGCUGGACAGCAUGAUUUCUUAAAGAAAAAAAUGCUUGCAGAGCUGGAGCUGGGUGGAUUAAAGAGAGACAUGAAUGAGGCAAUAGCACACCCCCAGAUCAGCAUUCCAGCAUGCUUAUGGUAGUAUGCCUCCCUCUGUAUUUCAGACAACAAUUGGCAUAAUAAAUUACAGAGUUUCAUUCCAAUCAUUCUUUCUGGCAUAGAAUUCUAAUAACCCAACUUUCUUAAGCAAGUAGAAUGCUGUCCCCCAUCCCAUGGGCUUCCCAUCUGCUAAGAGUAAAAUCCAGGUUCCAUCUAGUCCCCGGUGUUUGUUUACAGCAAUUAGGUGCUGCUGAAUAACAGGAUGUGACAAGAACAAGGUAUGAUUGGUACCUGUAUGCAUUUGGGAAAAAUAAAUUAUAAAUGCUGGUAAAACUAUUUUUUCCCUC